UUCAUCCUUCGAAGCUAACGCUGUUUCCACCAGUUUCUCCAGUUCAUUUGGAGCACACCAGUAUAUAAUUUGUCUGCUGUACAAGCCCUUGAGCGCUUCUGUGCCAGUCUAAAGAUACUGUAUAGUUCUGACAGCCAUCUGUAUGUGAUGGCAGUUGUGAAUGGAGACCAUAAAAAAAUCAGCAAAAAGGAGCGAACCAGUCACAGGUUUGACCUUGAACUUGUUUCACCAACUCAGGACUCUUUUAGUGAAUUCUCAUACCUUCAAAUGGUGCGGGAAAGGAAGAAGGAGGUGAAUAGUACAAUGAGUGGGUGGAAAACACAGAAACUAAGCAUCAGCUCAAGUUCAUUAUUGAAUGACACUAGCUUUUCUGGUCUGUCAGGAUUGAAUGCCAGUGGCUCCAGUCAACAAAUGGCAUCGAUUACAAGGAAGCUGGAGGAAAAAUAUAGGUCCAAACCAUCCAAGAAACGGAAACGUAUCAUUCAUGACUCGGAUUACAUAGACCGAGGGUGUGGCUACGAUCUGGAUGAUCCUUUUGUGGAUGACUCUGAGUUUUAUGAAGAUUUUGUGCCAGAUAACGUGGAUACCAAGUUUGGUGGUUUCUACGUCAAUACUGGGGAACUGGAAUUUAAGGCAGCAGAAGACAUUAAUGACAUAGAUUUUGUCGUGAAAAAGAAGCCAAAGAUCACGAAACAGCCGAGUCACCAAACACCACAGGCCAUAUUAGCAAGCCAAAAACUAAAAAAAGCCAAGCAACAUGCAGCUCUUCAUAAAGCACCAAGUGGAACUAAGAAGUUGCUGUUCACAACAGCCACUUCUAGUCAAGUUUCCAUCAAACCUCCCCCUCCAAAGAAACCUCGCAAGAAACUACAUACCGAACCUGCUAAACAGGCACUCUCCAAGUAUCCAGCUGUUCCGAUCAGCAUUGGGGAGAAAUCUGUAUCUGUUCUCAUAUUUCCUACUGCUGCAGAGGGCCCGAUAACAUCUUCAGAUACCAUUCAGGGUGUGCCAAGUAUUUCUAGUCAGGUGAAGAAAGAGAAAAUAGUGGAGAAGCCACCUCCUGUUUUACCCAGUAGCCUACCACAACCUGUACUGGACACUGUUACUAAACUGGCAAUGAAAGUGAUUGCUGAUCAAGCAGAAGGGAAGGUGACCAACAGGCAACGAGAAGUAUACAACGAGAUACUUUUGAAGGUUGAAUCCGCUUGUAAGAGUUUGCAGAUGAAGACAAGGAAUGCGGUGUUUGAGUACCUAGCUCACAGACUUGGAGUGGCCAGGGGUACCCUCACCAAAAGGAUGAAGCAACUAGCUAAGAAAAAAGAAGAUGAUGCUUUAGAGGGUCCAAUCUUGAAUCUUAAACAAGCUAUUGAACUCAGCAUGCCCAAGCAGUUAACCCUGUAUGAGGAGGAGCUAAACAAAGCAAGGUCGGAGUCCACGUCUUCCUUAAUAGAUAAGAGUACCGAAGUGGAUGAGGACACUCGAACUGACGAUGUAUUUGAUGAGUCAUCUCUACUACCAGUACCAGUCAGUCAGUUUUCAGGAGGGCAAGCAUUUACAGGCCAAGUGCCAAGUAACCAGAGUGUGUCUGGGCAAGUGGAGGGGGUCACUACAAAGCAGAAGAGACUUCCCAGGAAGAAGUAUCGUUGGGCAGAGAAUGAUGAAGUCAAGAGACUUCUGAGUGAGGUGGUUAGAGUGAAAGUUCAUAGUGAAGAAACAUUUAGUCGUUUAAACAAGGAGAAAGGAGAGGAUGUCAUUAAUCAAUUUUUAGAGGACAAGAUUAGGCUGUUAUGGCCAAAGGGAUGGAUGCAAAAAAGCAUACUAUACAAGAUUACUGAGCCAAUACAUAAGAGCUACACGACUCCACUCCCAAAGAAGGGGAUCCCUACCAUAAGGAAAGAGAAACAGCCCUGUGCUACAGUCAAGAAGCAAGCCAGCCUUUCAGGCAUUCCUCAGCAGCCAAAAAAAGUGUCCUAUUCGCAAUCUAGUCCAUCUAUGGAUACAUUAUCGACAACUGCAAGCACUGUGUCUCCACGAUUAAUGGGUGUGGUGCAAAACAUGCUUACUACGAAUCAUGAUAUCAAUAGUGUUGAACGAAUGAUUUCUAAUGCCUCCCAGGCAGUCGUGGAAAAACACCAACAAACACUAAGCCUAUCCUCCUCUCAAACUGCUGCGAAAGCUAUUGGAUCUUUACCACAGACCAUUAUGUCUGGAGGGCAACUUGCUUCAUACCCUGAAGCCACACGAAUUAUUGGAAAAAAUCCUACUGUGUUCUCAAUGUCCAAUUUGAAGAGUGUAAAAACUGGUUCAAGCAUUGUUCAUCCGUUGAUGGCUACUAAGCCUAUUCCUGCAGUAAUUUUAGCUCAACCAGUGGUGUCAAUCACGAAAGUGUCCCAGGAUCCCCCAAAAGUACCACCAGUCCAGACGGUGUCUGCACCAAGAUUACAACAUUUCAAAGUCAGUCAAAUUGGAGCCUCUUCUAGUCUAACCCCUCUGUCUCACUCUCAAACCAGCACGCUGUUGCUCACAGCUCAAGCUCAAAGUGCUUUUUUGAAAUCCAAAAUUCCUACAUCAACUGUUCCAAAAUCUGCUAUUGGCACACCGACCAGUGCUAAAACGUCAAUUCCGGAAGUGUUUGCUUCAGGUCCACAAGUUCACUUCCCAAUUGAGACACCACACAUUCUGUCCGCAAACCCAAGUGCGGGCACAUUUCAAUCUCAUGUCAGCAGAGUUCACCCAACUACUGUUUUUUCUCAUCAACUCAAUACAUGCCCUCAGCAGAGCCAACCACAAACUCUAAUGUCUCCACCAAAGAUCAAGCCCAACAAAAUGCCUUGUAUUCAAAAUGGUCCUUUAUCGAACCAAGUAAGCGAUCGUAUGACUAGUGUAUCUGCUAACAACCCAGUGCAAUCUCCCGUGGAACAGAUUUUCCAGGAACACUGCUAUCUGAAGACCGAUAGUGGUGUUGGUGUAGGUGUAGGUGCAACUGCAAGGUCCAGUGGUGCCUCUAGUGUGAAACUUGAUCAAGAGAUGCCCUCAUGAUUUUGGUACUGAUUCAGGGCACACUGAUAUUGUAUUGUCUGUUAAUUUGUUUGCUGUUGUAUAAACAAUUUAUGAUUUCAAUGGGAUUUAGCCUCAGUCCCAAGCCAAG